UCCUGCACCCUGUGAAGCUUCUCUUGGAUUUUGAGCUCUUCCAUAUCGCGGGUGCAGCGAGCAUGGAUGGGAAUCGUCUUCUUGACCCAGGAUGACGCAGGGGUGACAGGAAGCAAGUGGUGAUCAAUGCUCCGACUUGGAGUCGAUAUUUGGUCGAAGCAAUGUAGAGGUGGCUCACGACAAGGUUCGCAAGAAGAUCGACGGGGCAUUGCAAUAGGCGUACGGUGUCGGGGAGCAUAGAAUGGCCUCGCUGCCUGGCGACUCUAGAACGAUGGAUCGACUUUCGGACGACGACGAUGAGGACCCCACCAGCGGGUCGGAGACCUACGAGGAGGGCGACCUCCUCAGCGCUGCAAUGGACGAUGACGUGACUGCCCAGCUCGCCGCUGCAGGUUGGCAAAUCAAACACGCUAAUGGCCCUGUCGGCGUCGCUGCGGCUGCCGCAAUUGUUUCGGCGAAAAAACGAAAACGUCCGCACAGCUUCGAGACCAAUCCCAGCAUCAGAAAGAGACAGCAGAACAGGCUUCUCAGGAAACUUCGACAAACGAUCGACGAGUUCGCGACGCGAGUCGGUCAGCAGGCGGUCGUGCUAGUGGCGACGCCUGGAAAGCCAAAUAGUAGUUACAAAGUGUUCGGGGCGAAGCCCCUGGAGGACGUUGUUAAGAACCUUCGGACGACGAUCAUGGACGAGCUGGAGAGCGCGUUGGCUCAGCAGGCGCCACCGCCGGUCCAGGACGACCCGUCUCUGUACGAAUUACCGCCCCUGAUCAUAGACGGCAUCCCGACCCCCGUCGAAAAAAUGACGCAGGCUCAACUCAGGGCGUUUAUACCUCUCAUGCUCAAGUACUCCACCGGCAGGGGCAAGCCCGGCUGGGGGAGAGACAGCACCAGACCGCCCUGGUGGCCCAAGGAGUUACCCUGGGCGAACGUCAGGAUGGACGCGAGGUCCGAGGACGAGAAGCAGAAGAUCUCCUGGACUCAUGCGCUGAGACAAAUAGUGAUAAAUUGCUACAAGUUCCACGGGAGGGAAGACCUUCUGCCCGCGUUCAGCGAGGAGGACGACAAGUCCAACGUACUGAUACAACAGUCCGCCCCUCAUUCGUCCUCGCAUCCCUCUCACUCGUCCGGCCAGGCUCAGGGUGGCCAGUCGACGCAACAGCAACAGACGAUGACGGCGCAGUAUCCAACGACUGUGUUGCAGACGAUAACGAAUCCUGACGGGACCGUGUCGAUAAUACAGGUCGACCCGAGCAAUCCUAUUAUCACGUUACCAGAUGGCACUACCGCCCAAGUCCAGGGCGUCGCCACCAUACACACGAGUCAAGGGGAGGUUCAAGCUUUGGCGGAAGUCGCGGGCAGCACUGAGGGCGCCAGCGUGGCCGUAGACUUGAACAGCGUGACCGAGGCGACCUUAGGUCAAGACGGUCAGAUUAUACUCACGGGAGAAGACGGACACGGGUAUCCGGUUUCCGUGUCCGGGGUGAUCACCGUCCCGGUGUCGGCCAGCAUGUACCAAACCAUGGUGGCGAACAUCCAGAGCGAUGGCACCAUGCAAGUCGUCACGCCCAUGGUCCAGGUGCCCAAGGUCGAGCCCGGAAACGGUGAGACCAGCAUCGAGGCCGUCACUAUUCAAGGCCACCCCAUGACCAUGAUCAACGCUGCUGGCGAGCACCAGGUCCUCCAGGUUAUCAGCCUCAAGGAUGCCAAUGUGCUCACCAAGGCCAUGCAGGCUGAAGUCGUCAAGGACGAGGACAGUCAGCAGCAGCAGACCGUCUCGAGUCCGGAGUAAGGAGGUCCUUAAUGUCGAACGAGGACCUGGGUUCUCUGGAGUCCUUGGACCCUUCCGGGUCCUGCCAGGACCCUGCCCAAGGCCGCAGGCCUGACUCGAUCUUGUCUCUUUCAAGGGUGCGCGCCCGUGCACCCAAAGACACCUCCGAUCGGCUAGACUCGGCGGUUCUGUCUUCGCGUCGUCGUGUGCUAGUUUCUUUCUUUUUUUUCCCCUUUCCUUUCUGACUGUCGUGACGAUUUAGGGAUGUUUUCUGUGUUUUCGUAACUGAGGAAAAGAGAGCGUGGUGGAGGAAGUAGGGAGACAAUGGUCCUCACUACGGGGCACUGGUCGCCCUCUUUUCGAGGGUUCUUCGAGUUUUUCUUCCUUCCUUAUAGAAGAAGUCGGCCAUGGCGAAAGCACCGGUGCGAGUCUUCCAUUGCUCGUGCUUGUACCUCGUUUUUAAGGUCGAAAGACUUCUUUCAGCCGUUUAAAUGAUACAGAUUAUUGAUGAAUCUUAAGGUGAUGCGAAAGUGGCGUUAGAGGUCUCGUUUGUGAAACUUUUCUCCGAAGUGGAUCUACCAGAAUCUUUGCAAAUCUUACAACGUGAACGUGGAGGCUAUAAGGGAGGUCCUCAACACCCGUAAAAU